AUGAAGAAACUAGUAAGAAGUCAAAACGAAAUCUUCAACCGAAUUAACAAAUCCAAAAUAAAUUUUGCCAAGUCUCCAAGUGUCAGAAUAACAACUAGUUACAUCGAAACAAAAUUAGAAAAUUUAUCGGAAUUGUGGCAAAACUUCAACAAAACUCACGAUACAAUUAUUUGUGAAGUAAGCGAUGCAGAGUACCAAGAAUCGGAAUAUUUCACUGAAGACUUUUUCAGCAAGACCGAGGAAUUAUACACCGAAUAUAAGACCGAACUAAAAGAAAAAUUGAAAAGGUGCAUUCAGGUAGAAGUCAGACAUCAGGAAACAUCACAAAGUGAGGGGGAGCAAGUCAGAGUGCAGCUGCCCAAGAUCUCCAUACCCUGCUUUUCUGGGAAAUAUGCCGAAUGGAUCACAUUUCGAGAUCUUUUCUUGUCACUUGUCCACAACAACAACUCCUUACAAAAGGGAUCACAGGCCUCGUUCGUGACGGAGUCUGCAGUCCAAUUACUUGGGCUGAAGAAAGUAGCAAACAAAAGUGUUAUAACUGGGGUAGGGAGUGAUUGUAGCUCAUCAGUCAACUCUAAACAUGUGGUUAACAUCAAACUGCAAUCUAUCUACGAUCCGAACUUCACAAUUACGGUGAAAGCUCACGUUCUUACCAAACUUACCACAUUUCUUCCUGAACGACAGGUUGAUUUGAAACUUUGGUCACACAUGCCUGAAAUGAAGUUGGCUGAUCCAAAGUUUAAUGUUCCAAACAAAAUAGACUUGCUGUUAGGUGCAGAGGUGUAUUGUCAGAUAUUAUCUGAGGGACUAGUUAAGGGUCCAAUAGGGUGUCCUAUAGCUCAAAACACCAGACUCGGCUGGAUAUUAUCUGGUCAAGUAUCUGAAAGUAGUAAAACUGAACCAAGCUGUAGAAACAUUAUAACAACAUUACACACUCAAGUUGUUGAAGAAGAGUUUGAUCUUAAACGCUUUUGGGAAAUAGAAUCUGAUCAGUGUCUUCUCAAUAAACCUCACCACACACCUGAAGAACAAAAAUGCGAAGAAUUUUUCAAACAAACGACCACAAGAGACCCUUCUGGACGAUACAUCGUAAAACUGCCAUUUAAAGAAGAAAACCCGAACUGUAAAUCAGGCAACUCGCGAGAAAUAGCUGUAAGCAGAUUUUUAAUGCAAGAAAGACGUCUAUCAAAAUCACCAAAUCUCAAGGAUCUCUAUUCCGAUGUUAUUUCAGAGUAUUUGGAGCUGGGUCACAUGGAAAAAGUACCAAACGAUGAGAUCGACAAAACAGAAAGUGUGUACUUACCUCAUCACGCAGUAGUGAAGCUCAAUAGAACAACAACCAAACUAAGAGUCGUUUUUGACGCUUCAUGUCGAGACAAGAACGGUGUAUCUCUCAACAGCGAAUUGUUGGUAGGCCCAAGGCUUCAAUCGGAUCUUCGUCAUUUGGCGAUGAGGUGGAGACUGCAUCCUAUUUGCUUGGUGGCUGAUAUAGUCAAAAUGUAUCGCCAGAUAAAAGUUGCCAGCGAAGAUGUAGAUUAUCAACGAUUAGUCUGGCGAUCCAAACCUCAUGAAGAUAUUGAACAUCUGCGAUUGUUGCGAGUCACUUUUGGCACUGCCUCAGCCCCAUAUCUUGCAGUCAGAGCACUGCAUCAAGUCGCGUAUGAUGAAGGUAAACAGUUUUCAUUGGCAGCUGAAAGAGUCCUAAAUGAUUUUUAUGUGGAUGAUCUACUUACUGGAUGUGACACAGUUCUGGAAGGAAAACAAAUAUUUCAACAAAUGAAUGAGUUACUAAGCAAAGGGGGAUUUGAACUUCAAAAAUGGUCAAGCAAUAAUGAAACACUGUUGAACGAAAUAAGCAAGGAUUCAGAAACAACAACAAGCAAUUUGGAACUCAAAGUAGAUGAAAUUAUCAAAAUUCUUGGACUUACCUGGAACCGACGAACUGACGUCUUCGAAUACUUCGUGCAGCUACCACCUAUCAGUGAACCUGUAACAAAGAGAAAAGUUAUUUCAGAUAUUUCAAAGUUGUAUGACCCUUUGGGAUGGCUUGCUCCAGUCAUCGUAAAAGCAAAAAUGUUCAUACAAAAGCUAUGGUUAGCAGGAAUCGGUUGGGAUGAGGAGUUACCAGCAAAGCUUUUUAAAGAUUGGAGUACUUACCGAGGUGAACUUACUGCACUUACUCAAUUUCGCCUGCCGCGCUGGAUUGGUACGAAUUCAAAGUGUAUCACAGUUGAGUUACACGGCUUCAGCGACGCUUCGUCUGAUGCAUAUGCUGCUGUGGUCUAUGCGCGCGUGGUAGAUGAAGCUGGAAAUGUUAUGGUCACUCUUAUCACCUGCAAAACAAAAGUAGCUCCAAUAAAGCAAAUUUCCAUCCCGAAGCUUGAGUUGUGCGGCGCUGUUCUACUAGCGAAGUUGUUAAAGGAAGUCUCAGAAAUUUUGAAGGUACCAAAGUCAAACUUACAUGCAUGGACGGACUCAACGAUCGUUUUAGCUUGGCUGAGCAGUCAUCCAAGUCGCUGGAAGACGUUCAUAGCAAAUCGAGUGUCAGAGAUUUUAGCUAUUUUAGACCGAGAACAGUGGUCACAUGUGGUAUCCUCUGAUAACCCUGCAGAUUGCGCUUCCCGUGGAGUCAACCCAUCUGAAUAUGAUACACUUCCUCUCUGGAAAAGUGGACCUGCAUGGUUAAAAAACAUAACCAUAGAACACGACAGAACGGACAUAAAGGACACGAACCUAGAAGAGAAAGAAAAGAAAGCUUACCAUAUCUUGUCAUUGCCGAUGCUCACCAACGAACCCUUCACGGAGGUCCUCAAUUGA